AUGGAGGGAUCAAAGGGGAAUUCGAACUCCGUGGCCCCUUUUCUUGUGAAAACGUAUGAAAUGGUUGAUAACCCUUCGACCGACGCCGUCGUUUCUUGGAGCCUCUCAGGCCUUAGUUUCAUCGUCUGGAACCCGCCUCAGUUUGCCGCAGAUUUGCUGCCCAAAUAUUUCAAGCACAACAACUUCUCCAGCUUCAUCCGACAACUCAAUACAUAUGGGUUCCGGAAGUCGGAUCCGGAGCAAUGGGAGUUUGCGAACGAGGAAUUCGUGAGAGGGCAGAGACAUCUGCUGGGAAACAUACGGCGGCGCAAGCCCGUUCACAGCCACUCGGGCCAACCGAACCCGACCCAACUAACCGACCCGGAGAGGCGUGAAUUUCUCGCAACCAUCAAUCGUCUGAAGCAGGAGAAGCAGUCGCUCGAGUCGGAGCUCGAGAGGCACAAGAACGCGAAUCGCGAGUACGAGAGGCAGAUCAGAUUGUUGGCCCAGGCGCUGGACGAAAUUGAGCAGCGAUCCAAAAACCCAUCCAAGAGGAGGCGCCGAGCGGCGGCAGACAUGGAUCUCGUGACUUUUCCCAAUCCCGACUUUAAUGAGGACUAUUAUAGUGAUUAUAGCAAUGAAGAUCGUGUUGUGGGGCCCGUGUGCGAGAGCCCGCCGAUAUCGUCCAUCUGCAUCGAUUUUGAGGCCAUCGAUAAAUCAGUCGCGAAUACAUCUGUGGAUGAUGGGUCGGGUGCAGAUCGGAGGGCAACUGGUGCGGGCCCAGUGGCGAAUGACGUAUUUUGGCAGCAGUUUCUGACUGAUGCAGAGAGAAGCUUAGAUAGUGAUGUUGUUGUUGAUGAUGAUGAUGAUGAUGAUAGGAAGAAGGUUGAUGGGAUUAGAGGUGAUUUGGCUGAUUACGAGCACAAGCAGCUUUGGUCGGUAAAUGAGGAUUACAAGCCUAGCCUGCAAAUGAUGGGACAAUGUUUGUGA